AUGUCUACCAGUUUGCUCUGGGAGACACUGACCGGUAGAGAACAUCUGCUUUUUUAUGGAAGACUUAAAAAUCUUAAAGGCUCUAAUCUCAAAAAAGUAGUAGAGGAGUCUCUUAAGAAUGUCAACCUUUUCAAUGGAGGAGUUGGUGAUAAACCUGCUGGGAAAUACAGCGGAGGUAUGAAAAGACGACUAAGUGUAGCCAUAUCACUUAUCGGGAAUCCUAAGGUGGUUUAUAUGGAUGAGCCAAGCACAGGACUUGAUCCAGCUUCAAGAAUGAAUCUAUGGGACAGUCAUCAAACGUGCGAAAAGACUGCGAUAAUCCUCACGACUCAUUCAAUGGAAGAAGCAGAGUUUCUCUGUGACCGAUUAGGGAUUUUCGUAGAUGGAAGGUUACAAUGCAUAGGGAACCCAAAAGAGCUAAAGAGAAGAUAUGGUGGAUCUUAUGUAUUUACAAUGACAACAGCAUCAGAACACGAGCAAGAUAUGGAGCUGUUGGUUCAAGAUUUUUGUCCAAACGCCAAGAAGAUAUAUCACAUCGCAGGGACAAAGAUAUUCGAGAUCCCAAAAGAGGAAGUUCGGAUCUCAAAAGUGUUCCAAGCGGUGGAGAAGGCCAAGAGCCGUUUCAAAGUGUUUGCUUGGGGACUUGCGGACACAACUCUUGAAGAUGUUUUCAUUAAGGUUGCUAGAAGUGCUCAGAAUUUUAGGGGGUGUUGUUCAAUCAUGAAUUUGAAAUGA